GUUGAGUUGACUGUACAAUUUUCCACCCGAAUUCAACAAAAACCAAACCUUUAUUCUCUCGGAAACAAUACAAAAGAAACAGAGGCACCUCGGUUUCCGUUCCCCCAAAUUCCCUUUCUCCAUCAUCAUGGAAUCUCGCAAAUUAGCCGCCAUACUUUCUUCCCUAAUCUCGCAGCUGCUCCUCUUGCUCCUCCACAUUUUCCCUCGCAAUUCCCCUCUCCCCAAUUCCUCCCAUUCCAUUCUCCCUCUCCUCCUCUUCUCCCACCAACUCACCACCACCCUCUCCCUUUCCCUCUCCCGGAAACGCAAACGAAAACGCGAUUCCCGAGACGCUAAUCCUCUAAUCCUCACCCGCACUCCCGACUCCUUCCGCAACUCCUUCAUGAUGACCUCCUCCACCUUCCAAUGGCUCUCCGGCCUCCUCGAGCCCCUCCUCGACUGCCGCGACCCCGCCGAACUCUUCCCCCUCAACCUCUCCCCCGCCCUCCGCCUCGCCAUCGGCCUCUCCCGCCUCGCCGCCGGCCUCGACUACCCCGACAUCUCCUCCCGAUUCGCCGUCUCCGUUCCCGUCGCCAAAUUCUGCGUCAAGCAACUCUGCCGCGUCCUCUGCACCAACUUCCGCUUCUGGGUCUCCUUCCCCAACCCCUCCGACCUCCGCUCAGUCUCCCAAUCCUUCCAAUCCCUCUCCGGCCUCCCCAACUGCUGCGGCGUCGUUUUCUGCACCCGCUUCCAAGUAGUCAACGCCCACACCAACUCCUCCUCCCGCGUUGCCGCCCAGAUUGUCGUCGAUUCCUCCUUCCGGAUUCUCACCAUCGCCGCCGGCUUCCUCGGAGACAAAACCGAUUCCCAAAUCCUCAAAUCCUCCACUCUCUUCAACGACAUCGAACAGGGAACCCUCCUCAACGCACCAUUUACCCAGUACCUCAUCGCCGAUUCCCAAUACCCUUUGCUACCGUGGCUCAUCGUUCCCUUCGCCCACCCUCUCCCCGACUCCCUACAAGCCGAUUUCAACGCCGCUCAUGCAACCAUGCGCCUCCCUGCGCUCCGAACCGCCGCCAGUUUGAGGAAUUGGGGGGUCCUCAGUCGACCCGUUACCGAGGAGCUCAAGAUGGCCGUCGCGUAUAUCGGCGCGUGUUCCAUUCUUCAUAACAGUUUGCUCAUGAGGGAGGAUUUUUCUGCUUUGGCUUCGGGCUUCGAGGAUUCCGACAGUGGCUCGUGUGAUUCAUUCGAGGGUGAGGCUGUGUCGUCCAAGGCUUUGGCUUUGCGUGACACCUUGGCUAAGAAAAUUCAUGAUUCGAGGAACUCUUGACUGAUGAGUUAUGGACAAUGGUUCUUCUGGGUGUAUGCUAUUUUUCAGGUUCCAUUAUUGUUAUAGUGGACUCGGGAAUGUGAAUAUAUUACCUUCCUCUUGAGCAUUGGGGACUGUUUUGUUUUUGUUACUCCUGAAAUAGUUCUUUAGUUCUGGAUUGAUCCGGGUCUACUAUACCUCAGGCCCCCUCAUUCAUAUGUUGAUGUUAUUCUUUUGGGUUCAAUUUAAAUGAACAUGUGUUGAUAUGGAUAGUUUUAUGUUGAUGAGGAGUGAACUCUGAGUUUGUAUUUUAGUAUGUGUUGCCCAUGUGAGUGAUUGUGUCAAAAGCAAUCAUAGUGUACCCAAUGUAUAUCUCACCUUUCGUGAUAGUACUUUUUUAGAUUUGUUGGCCACAUUAGCAUCUAUGCCAACUAUUGCCUGUAAAUGCAGUCCUGGUUGAUUCAUUGCUUAGCAACUAACCAGUUUAUAUUGUCAUGCUGCAAAUCUUUUUUUAGUUUCAGUACACGAAAAGUGUGCUUUGCAGACUGUACAAGCAAUUUAUGGGAGUUGCAGCCAUACAGGAUUGGUGAUCGGAGUGUAAAUAUAUGCAAAACUUGAUCCCUGA